ACAGAAAAGAAAAUGGGAACACAUUUCUUGAUUGGUCUUCGUACUGACAAUUUUGUUAUUCUUGCCGCGGACAGAAAUAUGUACAUGUAUGGGGCUCUCAAGCUUUCAAAAGGUUUUUCUUUGUUUCUAAAUGAGAGUCUAAAUUUUUUAGAAUACGAACGUGAUUACAAGCUUGGAAAGCGUCUUUAUAUGAUUUGUGGAGGGGAGUCUGGAGAUAUGGAUUCUUUUGCAACUUGGGCGAAGGCUAACAUUGAUCUUUACGAACGUUAUGAAAUGCGUCCUCAUGCUGUGCAGCAUUGGUUGCGAAAGUCGAUGGCUGAAAAUCUGCGUUCUGAGGAUAUGUGGCGUGUAAAUUGUAUUAUUGGUGGUUAUGAUUUACUUGACAAAACGACCUUUAUGAGUAUGAUGGAUCAUUAUGCGACUAAUUUGCCAUGCCAGGAUUAUAUAUUUUCUGGCUUUCCUGGCAAUUUUGGAUACGCGAUUAUGGACAACCUUUACAAACCGGAUAUGACAGAAGAGGAAGGACUUGAUGCUGUAAAGAAAUGCAUUGACCAAUCUGCUAAACGUUCAAUCAUUCAUUUGACUGGUUUUCGUGUAAUUGUCAUUAAUGCUGAAGGGUCAAAAGUUAUUGAAGGGUUUAAACCGGAAAUCUAA